AUGCUUCCCUCGGUAUCGAUGACGGGCACAUGGCAGUGCACCACGUCGAGCAUUUGCACACGCGCCCAUCUCCCUGCCAUGGUGCAGUGCUCGGGGGGCUGGUGCUCUGCCCUGGUGCGUGCAACGGUGCCGCAGAACGCAGCCUUGGCAGUAGGUGAAGGAAAAGGCUUCCUUCCAUUGGGUGAGCCGAAUGACUGGUCCGAUCAGGUUGACCUGCUCAGUAGUGAUGGCAUGACAAUGGUCCCUAUGCAUGAGUCCGUGAGCAGGACUUCCCAAUCCUCCUUCACGCAGGGAGUCGACGCUGGCCUUUUAUACCAGAACGCAAAGCGUUGGCCCGUCGACGCGAGGACCGAGACAUGGCUGCGAGCAUCCAUCCAUUCCUCGCAGAGUUGUGGCGCAACGACUAACUGGAAUAUCAACGGCUCAGCAUCCACAAAUAGAAAGUCGUCGAUCAAUCAUCGCAGAGCAUUCGCCGAGCUAUACCCUUCCCGGAGCCUGCGUUGCUCGCUCGAUGCGACGACGGAGGAAGCUUGUCACGCUACAACCGGUGGCGAUUUUCAUGCAGCAUCUCGUUCGGCCUUUCGCUUCGCUCCAUCGGAGCAGCUACGGAUCGAGGGUGAUGCGGCCAGGCCGGUAGCCGAGCUGGUGGACGGUGCAAACUCACAUGGGCUGGUGUCCGCCUGGGCCCUGUUCCAUGUCGUCGUCGUCGUCGUCUGGAAGCCGACUCUUGGUUCUGCAAGCCUAGAUGCCGUCCGUCUGCGCCUCCGCAGGGUUUGGAAGUACGAGAUGACGGAUCUGAACACGACAAGUACAGACUCGGCCGCGUCGGCCAACGAGCCGGUCUACGUUCUUCCCGUCGUCCUCGGAAGCAUCUUGCUCAUCCUCGUCCUGUCCUUCUUCAUCUGUUGGUACGGUACGAAGCGGCUCGAUGCGUCGCACCGCAACGCCCGGACGACGGAUGUGGAGGCGGCACAAAGUCGCUUCAGCCCAUCCCGCCUCGACGAAGUGGCCGAGAGUCAGACGUACAAGCAGUGGAAGGAGAAGACGGAGCAAGCGUCCAAGACGACGUACAGCAGCUAUCUGGUCUGCGUCAUUUGCAUAGAGACUCUGCAAGAUCAAGAUUUGGUUCGGCGCUUGCCGUGCGAUCACAUCUUUCACGCCGAAUGCCUGCUGCGCUGGUUCACGAAGAGGCACGAUAGCUGCCCGCUCUGCAAGGUCGCCUUCCUGUCGGAGGAAACGGCGGACGAUGCAGCGAAUACCACAUGA